AGAAAAUCCAUGUUAGUGCCUAGAGCAGAAACAUCUGAUCAGGUUGCUUUUCAGGAUGUUUAUGGAAGCUGCUGGAUUGGAAGAAAGGGUUUAAAGAUUCUGUAGGUCUACAGAUGAUCUCUCAUUAUACCACAAGAAAAAUAAAAAGUGACUGUCCCAAAUCAGCACUAAAAUUUGCUCUAAUGCUUAAAAUAUUAUCUGUGAUCUACAAGAUGGUGCAAAACAAUACGUAUGCAACCAAAAGAGAUAUAUAUUACAGUGAUACACUACUAUUUGGUAGCCAGAGUGUUGUGGACAAUAUAGUCAAUGACAUUUCCUGCAUGCUUAAGAUACCUAGGAGAAGUCUACAUAUACUUUCUACAACUAAAGGUUGCAUUGCUGGUAACUUAAGUUAUACUGAGGAAGAUGGUAUAAAAGUGAAUUGUACAUGCAGUGCAACAGCAGUCGUUGUGCCAUCUAAUGUUCAAGGAAUUAGAAAUGUGAUCACAGAUGCAAAAUUUAUACUAAUUGUAGAAAAAGAUGCAACUUUUCAGAGGCUCCUGGAUGAUGACUUCUGCAAUAAAUUGUCUCCAUGCAUAAUGAUUACGGGAAAAGGAGUACCAGAUCUGAACACAAGACUUCUAGUCAGAAAGCUGUGGGAUACAUGUCAUAUUCCUAUUUUCACCCUCAUGGAUGCAGAUCCACAUGGUAUAGAAAUAAUGUGCAUCUACAAGUAUGGAUCUGUGUCAAUGUCUUUUGAAGCCCAUCAUCUUACAGUUCCAGCUAUAAGAUGGCUUGGUCUCCUUCCAUCUGAUAUUGAAAGAUUAAAUAUACGCAAAGAUGCGCUGAUUCCACUUACUAAACAAGAUCAAAAUAAACUCGCCAGUAUGCAGAAGAGACCUUAUAUGGCUUGCCAACCAAUGUGGAAAAAAGAAAUGGAACUUAUGGCAGCAUCUAAAAUGAAGGCUGAAAUUCAAGCUUUGACUUCUCUUUCAUCAGAUUACCUUUCCAGGGUGUAUCUACCAAGCAAAUUGCAAUUUGGUGGAUGGAUCUGAAUAUUUGUUUGUAGAUCAACUGUUUCCUGAUGUGGAUUUAUUUUGGAGCUAUUAUAAUAUAAGCCACUAUUUACGAAAAUUGCAUAACAUUGCAUUAUUUCUGGCAAUUGUUCUACAUAUUUAGUGAAGAAAUGUAGAGGUUUGCUUCAGCUCCUUAUUCAAUUUUUUUUAAUUAUGUCAAUAGUUUAAUUUCUUUACAAUUUUGAACAUAUUUUAAAUUUUUUCUUUCCAUUUUGUGGCUACUGUAUAUAACUGUAGCAAUAAUUCCAACUGUAAAAGAAUUCUUCUUAAAAAGAUAUUGACAUUUAUUUUGA